AUCAUGGUCAACAGCCAAAAACCCAUCCAGAACCAACCCAACAAUCAAGAUGCUCAAGCCAGAACUCACUCACUCUCGAUCUCACUCCGGUUCCUCAGUCGUCAACGUGCUCGAUGACCUGCGGGUGAAGAAUGUCAGACCACUGAUCCCUCCCCAGAUUCUCAUGGAAGAUUAUCCGGUCAGCCAGACUGCUAUCAAUACUAUCACUGCCGGAAGACUUGGGGCCGAUGCUAUCGUCAAAGGCCAAGACGACCGACUACUUGUUAUCGUCGGACCUUGUUCCAUUCAUGACACCAAAGCUGGCUUAGAGUAUGCGAAAUUACUCAAGGCCUACGCAGACGGGGCAAAAGAUCAUCUACAUAUCCUCAUGCGGACGUACUUCGAGAAGCCAAGAACAACCGUUGGCUGGAAAGGAUUGAUCAAUGAUCCAUGCCUCGAUGGCUCCUUUCAAAUCAACAAGGGUCUCCGGAUCGCCAGAGGAUUCCUACUUGAAUGUGCCGAAUUGGGCAUUCCCGUGGCGGUUGAGUUUCUGGACCAAAUUUCUCCUCAAUAUAUCGCUGAUACGGUCUCAUGGGGUGCUAUCGGUGCUCGAACAACAGAAUCUCAAUGCCACCGAGAACUAGCCUCUGGCCUUUCAACACCGGUUGGGUUCAAGAAUGGAACCAAUGGUAGUGUCGGCAUUGCUAUCGAUGCUAUCCGGGCUGCCAAGUCCGGGCACGUCUUCCUAUCUGUCACCAAGCAGGGUAUAUCCGCCAUCGUUGAAACCAAUGGAAAUGAUGCAUGUCAUGUGAUCUUGAGAGGAUCAAACACCGGGCCAAAUUUCUCAUCUAGUCACAUCAAAGAAUGUGUCCAGGAGCUCUCGAAGGCAGGAUUGAAACCACUCGUCAUGGUCGAUUGCUCUCACGGAAAUUCGGAAAAGAAACAUGAAAGGCAAUUGGUCGUCACCGAGGACCUCGCUAAUCAGCUUGAAAAUCCUGAGACUCAAGAUUUCAUCAUGGGUGUCAUGAUCGAAUCAAACCUGGUCGAAGGUAAACAAAGCCUGGAGGCCCUUGGACCAAACAAGCUUGCUUACGGACAGUCAAUCACCGAUGCUUGUUUGGACUGGGAAUCAACCAAGAAAGCCCUAGAUAGGUUGAAGGCUGCAGUUGGCCAGAGACGCUCUCAAAAACUUGCUGCAGGCUCCUCCGGCUCUGCUUAAAAAGCCAUCUCAUACGAUACCCCAAACGCGGAAAAAGGAAAGUAAAAAAAAAAAAUCACUAUACCGUUCCCCACAAAAAAAAACUGCAGAGGAAAAAUAACCAACGAGUCGACAAUACCGCUAAACGUACAAUGUGUCUUUGAAUUCUUCACGCAUGUCUACAAAACUUAACCCCUGCUUGUCUUUUUUUCUUUUUCUCUCUGUUUAUUUGAAUGAUACCCCUUGUCUUGCAAUCAGAGCUUUUUUCGCGCCAAAUACCUUCCUCGUUUCGUGUCCCAUGUUGUCUCUGCUAGUCAUGCACUCCAGCAGAUUUGCAUUCAUAGUAUAGGGGAGUUCCACAAUUGCUUAAGCCCUUUUUUUACACCCAAUUGGUUGUGGACAAUGUUUGUGGACAUGAGCUAGUUUGUAAUCAUCACCUCAAGCCUGUCCUUGAGAUCUGAAUAGUUCCAUAUGAGUUAUUUUAGCCUAGAUAUUUUCUCUCAAAGU